UUUGACACUUUUUGUUGUCCCUGUUCCCGGAUAGAGUAUGGUCCCUCUGCAAUACAAUUAUUUAUCCCCUAUUCAUUGGAUCCAGUUUUUUGAACGUUUGUUAACGCUAGUAUGAAUCCAGUGCUUGUAUCAGUAUUGUUGCUUGCACUCGCGGUAUUCGUAGUUUCAGAAUGCGGGACUAAAGCCAUCAUAUUCAACUUUGGGGAUUCAAACUCUGAUACUGGAGGGUACAGUGCAGGGUUGGGCUUUAAUACACCGCUCCCUAUUGGCCGCCUCUUCCCCCAUCAGCCCAGUGGCCGUCUUUGCGAUGGUCGCCUCGUCAUUGAUUUUUUGUGUGAAUACUUGAAUAUAAGCUACCUGAGUCCGUAUCUGGAGUCCUUAGGGUCUGAUUUCAAGCAUGGUGCAAAUUUUGCCAUCUCCGGGGCGGCAACACAAGCCUAUGCUACGAACCCUUUCUCUUUGCCCGUUCAAGUCCUUCAGUUUCUUCGCUUCAAGUCACGCUCUCUGCACCUCCUUGCACAAGGUUCGAAGGAUUUGAUCAACGAGGACGGUUUCAUGAAUGCGCUUUACACAAUUGAUAUAGGCCAGAAUGAUCUAUAUGGUGCUUUUGCUUCAAAUUUCAGUGAUAGAAUUAACAUCACCGUCAAUGAGAUUAAAAAUGCUAUACAGACUAUAUAUGAUCACGGUGGCAAGAACUUUUGGGUGCACAACACUGGGCCCUUCGGCUGUUUACCCGAAAGGGUUUCAUUAAUGAAGAAAAACAACAGUGAUCUCGAUGCAUAUGGAUGCCUCAUUACUCUCAACAAUGGAGCUAAAGAGCUGAACUUCAAAUUAAGUGCCGUUUGUGAUGAACUGAAUUCAGAGUUGGAGAAUGCUACUGUAGUAUAUACCGAUAUCUACUCAGUUAAGUAUGAUCUCAUAGCCAACUCCUCCAAUUAUGGGUUCGAGAGUCCACUAAUGGCAUGUUGUGGCUUUGGUGGACCUCCAUACAACUUCAACAUGAGCAUAAGAUGUGGAUCUACAAGAAGCCAAGCCUGUUCAAUUAACUCGAAGUACAUAAGUUGGGAUGGAGUUCAUUAUACAGAGGCUGCUAACGCCAUGGUUGCUUCGAAAAUUCUCUCUACUGAGUACUCGAAACCUCGCAUAAAAUUUGAUUACUUUUGUAGUGCUUGAAUAAAAUUUUUUGUUAGGUUUCCUUCGUGAA